AAAUGGUGAGAGACAUGAUCGGUGGAGAAACCCAACACUAGAUUUAGAUUAAAGUGAUUGUCUUUUCCAUGCAACUAGUCAGAAACAGAAUCCAAACCCACUCUUCCUCUUCUUCAUCAGCUUCAAACCUAGCUUAGGUUCCAAUGGCUUCCCUCUCAUUUGGGGCCCAUAUGCCCCAGUCCCACCACCAAUUCAAGAAAAGCUCGCGGCGGUUUCUCUCUCAGACCCAAAGCUUAGCUCCUUUUGGUUCGUCUUUGCGUGGAUUCAGAGGCCCAAGAUUGCUGGGCAAUGGAAUGUUGGUCAGAGCUGAAGAGAAAGCCAGAGGUUCGGGUCAGCUGCCCAAAGCUCAGUCCCAGUCUGAGAAAGAGUUGCAGGAGUUGACACCAAGUUCUGGAUCAUGUGAUCCUUUAUGUUCGGUUGACGAAACAAGUUCAAGUGAUUUUGAGGCCAGUUACAAGCCAAAGACUGAUUUGCUGAAAGCUAUAGCAAUAUUUGCGGCAGCUGCAGCAGGGACAGUGGCAAUUAACCACUCAUGGGUUGCUGCUAAUCAGGAUGUUGCCAUGACACUGCUAUUUGGAAUAGGAUAUGCGGGCAUUAUUUUUGAAGAAUCUCUGGCAUUCAACAAGAGUGGAGUAGGUUUGAUAAUGGCUGUAUGCUUGUGGAUAGUGAGAAGUAUUGGUGCUCCUUCAACUGAUAUAGCUGUUGCAGAGUUACAACAUGCAUCUGCUGAAGUCAGUGAAAUAGUGUUUUUCUUGCUUGGUGCAAUGACAAUUGUAGAGAUAGUUGAUUCUCAUCAAGGAUUUAAGCUGGUCACUGACAAUAUAACUACUCGAAAGCCAAGAACACUCCUCUGGGUGGUUGGUUUUGUGACUUUCUUCCUUAGUUCAAUUCUUGACAACCUGACGUCUACCAUUGUCAUGGUCUCUUUAUUGCGAAAACUAGUGCCUCCCUCAGACUUCCGGAAGCUUUUAGGAGGAGUUGUUGUCAUAGCUGCAAAUGCUGGUGGUGCGUGGACUCCUAUUGGUGAUGUUACCACCACUAUGUUAUGGAUACAUGGUCAGAUAUCAACAGUGGAGACAAUGAAGGGAUUAUUUAUACCAUCAGUCGUUUCUCUUGCUGUUCCGCUGGCACUUUUGUCCCUUACAAGUGAAGCAAGUGGUGAUGGACCAGACACAUCCAAUGUUAUGGCAUCUGAACAGAUGGCUCCCCGGGGACAGCUUGUUUUCUCUGUAGGCAUCGGAGCUUUGAUUUUUGUUCCGGUUUUCAAGUCCCUAACUGGUUUGCCUCCUUACAUGGGUAUGCUGCUGGGACUUGGAGUCCUUUGGAUUCUGACUGAUGCAAUCCACUAUGGUGAAUCGGAAAGACAAAGGUUGAAAGUACCACAGGCUUUGUCACGGAUUGACACUCAAGGAGCACUUUUCUUCCUUGGAAUUCUUUUAUCUGUUAGCAGCCUGGAGGCGGCAGGAAUUCUUCGGGAAUUAGCAAACUACCUGGAUGCUCAUAUUCCCAAUAUUGAACUGAUUGCAAGUUCAAUAGGAAUUGUCUCAGCAAUUAUAGACAAUGUUCCACUGGUUGCUGCAGCUAUGGGGAUGUACGAUGUCGCCUCUUUUCCCCAGGACUCUGAGUUUUGGCAGCUGGUUGCAUAUUGUGCUGGUACUGGUGGAUCCAUGCUUGUUAUUGGUUCUGCAGCCGGAGUUGCUUUUAUGGGGAUGGAAAAGGUGGACUUCUUCUGGUACUUUCGCAAGGUGAGUGGGUUUGCUUUUGCGGGUUAUGCUGCUGGUAUUGCAGCCUAUUUAGCAGCUCAAAACCUCCACAUCUCGAUACCAACAACCGUAGCUCAGGUUCCUUUCCUUUCUGGAUCCUGAAUUAUGACAUAAAGAGGCCAGCUUGAAUCCCAUCGCCUCCGAUGAGGCAGUUGAUAUACUUCAAUAUGAGUUCCAUCCUCAUCAUAUAACUGAAGAUUGUGAGUGGGAAAUAUAGAAUGAUGUUUCCCUCAAGAAAUCGACAAAGUUUAAUAAAUAAACUACAAGGAAAUAAGAUUCUUGUUACUAUGAGUUGAAGAGCAAUGCAGAAUUUGGGAUGGGAGUAAAUUUUGUUCCAAUAGUCUUCCUAGACAUAGCAUAUCAAAAGGUACAUUUUUUUUUUUUUGAGGGGAUCAAAGGGUACAUGUUGACAUCAACUAUUUCUUUUCAAUUGAAAUUUAGUCGAAAAAGUUUGUUCAUGA